AUGGAAAAAGCCAUCCGGUGGUCCCCCACCUCCACGACAGGCGAACAACGCUUCCUCUCCGUGGACGUGACGAGCAAAGCGUUUCGAUUGUGCAAGGUAACCUCAUAUGAGCGAGGAGGCCGUCUGGAGCAUGAAGAGCUAGCGACGCAUACGAAAGUGCCCGCGUUCCGGGCGUUCGAUUGGUCACCGGUGGAUGAAUCAUUAGUCGCGGUGGGCCAGUCGUCCGGGGAUGCGACGAUAUUGCGCAUGAAGAGCGAUAGUCAGGAAUCGUACUCGUUUCCGAUUCGACAUCAGCGGUACUGUAAUGCGGUUGCGUUUAGUACGCAUGGGUUGCUGGCUGCGGGGCUGGACCGGGUGCGCAAUGACUUUUGUUUGAAUAUCUGGGAUGUUAAUCAGAGGUUGGCGAGUAAGGCUGUUAAGGGGUUUGUGGAGCCGUUGAGGAAGUUGGCCAGUUCGGAACCCAUUACUAGUGUCAAGUUCUUUAGUGAUCAGCCGGAUACGUUGGUUACGGGGGUGAAGGGGCAGUUUGUGAGGAUUUAUGAUUUGAGAGAGGGACCUGGAAACCCGUCACUGCAAUUUCCCACGCGCUGUGUGCAUAAUGUGGCUAUUGACUGGCUUGAUGAGAAUUAUAUCGCCUCUUGUCAGGCUACUAAUGAUCCGACUAUCUGUAUCUGGGAUCGGCGCAUUGGGUCGCGCUUCAUUACGCCGGCUGUUGGACCGGCAAAUGCCCUGGAGACGAGCCAGCUGGGGCCGUCGCUGGAGUUUGGGAAUGUCAUUGCACCGAAAUCGACUAUCUGGAGUUUGCGCUUCUCCAGGACCAAGAGGGGCUGUCUGGGCGUGCUGUCCAAUACGGGGCAUUUCAAAACCUACGACAUUGUCAAGGAGUAUCUGGACGAGGAGAUGCGCUCGUCUAUGGAUGAGACCUUGGGUCAGGGCUCGGCGAGGAACUACCCCGAGCAGAUUUACACCAAGCACGUCAGAGACGUUGUGACGCCGUACAACCAUCCGUCUCGGGGAUAUGAUGAAAAGGACAGGGUUGUGGCAUUUGACUUUCUUAAUAUGAGUCCGGGCAAUGAGCCCAGCGCCAUUACGAUUUCCGGGAACGAUGAGGUGAAUAUUCUCACCGCGAAGCCUCCAGCGCCGCCGGUGCGGCUGUCGUCGCAGGGAACAUUGAUAUGGGGCACCUCGGAUGAGGAUUCUGAUUUCCGAGCGAUCAAUCCCCAGUCCAGUCACGGGUUGAGCAUUUCGGAGAUGGUGGAGGAAGUCCGCGAACGAGCAGUGUCUGAUUCCAAUGGGAAGACUUCGCAGAAAGGACGCCGGGCCGGCAAUCGACCAGCGACGCCUUUGUCGAGCCGUGAGGCGAGGGAACAUGCCUUGUCGUUGGGGACCUUGGGCGGUCAGCUGCCUGUAAAGGAUGCUCUGACCCUGUUGUCGGUGAACCGGUAUCGCUGCAAAGAAGGCUAUUUGUUUGACGAGGCACGGAACAAGAAGAUCCUCGCUGAUGACCCAUGGCUGCAGGGCUUCUGGGAUUGGGCUGAACGUGCACGCUCCGACUCUAGCAAUGAAUCUAUGAUAAUCAAUGGGCUGGAUCUGAAUUACCUGGGCGUUUACGAUGUCUGGAACAACGAUUUAGGAGAGAGUCUCCAUAACCGACGAGUCGGUGGCAACCCGGCAUCUGACAUUCACGAAACCAUCGUGGAGCUGGUUCAAGAUCAGCUCAACCUCCCCGAGACGAAAGGCUGCGAGACCGAAUACCCCGAACAUCGCCGGCUGUGCCUGCGACUUUGCGGCGCAGCGCAAUCGCACCGGGAGCUUGAAGAGUUGGUCAAGACAUUGUCCGCUGAUAAGCAACACACCAAGGCCGCUGCGCUGGCCAUGUUCCAAGACGAAGCGAAACUUGCAUACCUGGCUCUGCGGAGCCACGAGCCCACCCAAGCUCAUAAACUACUCGCCAUGGCCAUUGCAGGAGCCGCGAAAGGCGACACCGACUCAGACUGGGAAGACACUUGCGCUGAGAUAGCCAAGGAGCUCACCGACCCCUACGCGCGAGCGAUUCUCGCGCUCGUGAGCAAGGGCGACUGGCGUUCUGUCAUCCAGGAGACCACUCUUCCGCUCAGAUACCGGAUCGAGGUAGCGCUGCGCUGGCUCCCGGACGACGACCUGACAAGCUAUCUUCACGAAACCACCACCACAGCCAUCCAGCAAGGCGACAUCGAAGGCAUCCUGCUGACCGGACUCAACCAUUCCGCCAUGGACCUCUUCCAAUCGUACAUCAACAAGUUCCACGACAUCCAAACGGCCGUACUGGCAAUGAGCCACACCGUCCCCCGCUUCAUCAACAACUCACCCGACCGCGCCCGCUUCGAAUCCUGGCGCGAGACCUACCGCCAGCAGAUCAACGCAUGGAAACUGCAACUCGAGCGCGCACGCUUCGACGUCGGCUCCCGCAAGUUCGCCGUCACCUGGGACGGGCGCAAACUGGUCGACCCGCCCCGCCAACAAGUCAGUCUCACCUGCAACUACUGCACACGACCGCUCACGCAGCACGACGCUUCCUCACAACUGACCCCCUCGGUGACGGGCGAAGUCACACACCCAACGCCAGGCAAUCCCCUCGGCAGCGCCGCCAUGUCCGGCACAGUGUGUCCACGCUGCGGGCGCCAUAUGCCGCGGUGCGGAGUAUGCACGCUAUGGCUGGGAGCGCCGGACCCGAUGUCCAAGGCAUGUGUGGCGGCAGAUGCGGCGGGACGACGUCCAUCUGAGACGGAACUGAUGCGGAGGUUUAUUGUGUUCUGCAUUAAUUGCAACCACGGGUUCCAUGCGCAUCAUGCGCGGGAGUGGUUUGCGCGACACAAGGUGUGUCCGGUGGCGGAGUGUAGUUGUAUUUGUGAUCGGUGAUUCUACUUGGAUGAGUAAGGAUGGGAUCAGGUUAUGGGGAUUGUUUGAUUCAGUAGGAUGCGUUUUGUGAUAUACCCAUUUCGCGGUUGUUUGAUAGUUCAUGUUGAUGCCUGGAGUAUAAUUAGGGAUAGAUGGGUGGGAAAGCAUUAAUAGUAUAUUGAAUCAUCAUAAAGGGCAUAUCAUUCAUGUGAUAGAGUGAAUACUAAAAUCGUGAAUGAGAUAG